AUGACCACCUCCAACCCACAACCUCACCCUUACAACCCCGGCACCACCCUCCACCUCCACACUCAUGUCCUACCCCGCCCUUUCGGCACCAUACACGCCUGCUUCUACGGUGAGCCCAAAAAGGUCUACAACAAAUACAACGGCUUCAACAACUUUCCCGGCUGCCGGGAUCAGAUAUUGGAUUUCGUACUGGAUAACCGCCCCGUCAAAACCACCCCCAUACCCCUCGACACCAUCCCAUUCACCAUCACCAAAACCGUCAUCGGCCCCAAGCCAUUCGACCUUGACAACUACCGCCAGGAAGAAGAGGAAGAAAAAAGAGAGGGAAGUUCUUCAAAACAGUAUUAG